AUGGAUCGAUUUACCCGGACCAGAGAGCACUAUCUACGAGGCACGCAUCGAGAUUGCCCAUCCGAAACGCCCUCAACACCUUCAGUGGCGGAUCUCGCCUUCGAUUUCGACUUCAGGGACUCGAAACUUGACUUGAGCUUUGAUGUUGGAAGCCCUGUUGCCCGGGAUGAUUCGAAGACGAGUUCACUGACUCCAAGUGACACCAACGAGGGUAUAGGAAUGGCUCUUUCAGAUGGAUUGCCCUAUCAACGCCGAGAGCAUCUUGAUCAUCUCGCCACAAGGGAGGACGGACACAAUUGCGGACGGCGACAGAACGAGUGUAGCUCGUCUGGUCCCAUAGACCCGAGUGAAACACAUAUCAAGUUCUCUGGUCGGUGCGAGCGACCGGCCAGAAAUCUCCCGCCUUGCUCCAUCUACUCGAGGGAGUGGAGGAAGCGGGUUAGACUAACUGCAGCGCCGCCAGAGGAAACUUCUGACCACGUCCCAGCAGAACAUGCAAACUCCUCCUUGAAAGAGACCUCCAACGAUACGACCACAACCGCACCGCCGCAACAGGUUAACUGGGAUGACACAGAUCAAGAAUCGGUACCAGUACCAGCGCCGGGUCCUAAGGACGUCCACGGGACAAACGAAGGAUGGCCGUUUCCUGCCAAUACUUCUCUUCAAGCGGACGGCAAGAAGCACAGAAAGCUUUUUUCCUCUACUCAGAAAGUGGCUUUUGCGGCCCAAGAAGCAUUCGGACAAGAAAGCCACUCUCUCCAGCGCCGACGCGGGAGUCGAACAGGUGCCUUUAGACACAAAUACUUCUUGUGCCGGCUCUUUGCACGACACUCCGAAUUCGCAACCAUUUCCACGGAUUGGUAA